AUGUCCAGAGCACCACUUUCAGUCUUCUGCAUGCUGUGUCUGCUGUCCAUCUGCACGGCCUGCUACAUCUCCAAUUGCCCCAUUGGUGGUAAAAGAGCAGUACAGGACAUCCCCACUCGACAGUGUAUGGCAUGUGGUCCUGGAGAUAAGGGUCGAUGCUUUGGUCCCAAUAUCUGCUGCGGAGAGGAAAUAGGCUGCAUAGUGGGCACUCUGGAAGCCAUGCGCUGCUUGGAGGAAGACUAUGUGCCAUCUCCGUGUGAGACUGGAGGAAAACCCUGUGGCUCUGUAGCAGGACGGUGCGCUGCACCAGGAGUCUGCUGUGACUCAGAGAGCUGCACCGUUGACCUGUCAUGCCUGGAAGGAGAAGGUGACGCACAACCUCACAGCCUCCCUUCCAGUGGCAAAGACCUCAUUCUGAAGCUUCUUCAUUGGACAAACUACAGGCCUUACCAAUGA